AUGUGGGUUCCAGCCACCAUUCACGUGUUGGAGAAUGGUAACGUAUCGCGCAGUGCGAAUGGCUACACAGUAAAGAAGGGUAUCUGGGAUGGCGCUGACACAGUACCUCGGGUAUAUCUUCCCGGCACGACUAUGUAUGAAGAUUCCAGCAUACAACGGGAAGAGUUUGUGCGGCUGGUUCUGCAAAGCUUACGGGAUAUUGGUUAUAUGCAUGCUGCGGAUACUCUGGAGGCUGAGUCAGGCUACCAGCUAGAAUCAAGCCUCGUGAGCGGUUUUCGGUAUUCAAUACUUGGGGGAAGAUGGGAUGAAGCAGAGGAGGCGCUGGAGGACUUGGGAGUGCAAGACGAGGACGAAGUGAAGUCAGCGAAGUUCAUGAUCCGGCAACAGAAAUAUCUUGAAUCGCUCGAAGCACGACAAACGGAUGUCGCCUUGCGGAUAUUGAGAAAUGAACUGGCGCCCCUUCGAUACAACCUCGACCGAUUACACCUUCUUUCUAGUUUCAUGAUGUGCUCGUCAAAUGAAGACUUGCGCAGCCGGGCAAAAUGGUCUGGUUCACUCGGUGGAUCGAGGGCCGAGUUGUUGGGCAAGCUGCAGCGAACGGUUCCGCCGUCAGUUAUGAUACCUCCUCGGCGACUUGAAGCUCUCCUCAAUCAAGCCCAGGACACACAGAGACGGUCGUGUCUUUACCAUAAUACUCGUGCACCUUUUUCAUUACUAAUAGAUCAUGAUUGUGGGAGGGCACAAUUCCCUGGCGUUACUACAAACGUGCUCGCGGAGCAUGACGAUGAAGUGUGGAAUGUUGAAUGGAGUCCUGAUGGUAAAUUUUUGGCCUCGGGUGGGACAGACCAGAAUGUCUUCAUCUGGCGUAUUGGGGCAAGGCGCGAGUGUCAUGUUGAGCAUGUUCUUAGGGACUUCGAUGGUGACAUAUCUGCCUUGGCAUGGUCCAAUGAUGGGACCAUGUUGCUUACAGCGGCAGAUAAGACAGUGAAGUUAUGGAUCGUGAAGACUGGGGUGUGUAGCAAAGAAAUCACUGACCAUACCGACAUUGUGGGCUCGCUCAAGUGGCUCCCAGAUAAUUCGGGCUUUGUUACUACUGGGAUGGAUGCUAAGUUGUUCUUUUACGUUCGUCGCGGCGACAAGGGGGGGAACCAUUCCACGACGGAGCCUUAUAUGACUAAAGUUGGGCUUCGAAUGGUUGAUAUUGCAAUAAGCCCAAAUGGGCGUUACCUCCUAGCUGUGGGGCAACCUCACGAGGCGAGAGGAGUGUCGAACGGACCAUUGUUUGACUUGCCGGUCGGCGUCUAUGCUACCCCAAGUGAUGACUACAGAGCAAAGCGAACGCAGUUGAUGGUAUUCGAUCGUGAGACAGAUACUCGGUUCUAUUCUCAGAUCCGAAUAGGUGAUAUGACAAGUGUGAAGAUCUCUGCUGACUCGAAACUUGCAUUGAUCAACUUUGCACCCAAUGUUGUAUUCCUUUGGGACAUCGAAGGUCUUCAACUUGUACGACGAUACGUAGGUCAUCAGCAUACUGGACAGGUGCUUCGGAGUUGUUUUGGUGGGUCCAGUGGAUCGUGGAUCGUGGCUGGAGGAGAAGAUGCUCUCAUUCACGUAUGGCAUCGUGAGACAUCAGAGGUUUUGGAGGUCCUAGGCGGGCACAAGCACGGAUCAGUAAACAGCGUCGUUUGGAACCCCGUGGACGAUGGGGUGUUUGCGUCUUGCUCGGACGAUGGUACAGUUCGCAUUUGGGAGGCACCUACAUGGACUUUUACUGGCGGAAGGACAGCAAAUAUGAAAGCACCUCUUGGGGCUCGAGUGAAUGGAUUUCAUCUUGAGGACACAAGUGUCUCACAAGAAUGGACCUGA